AUGUCAUGGCUUACAAGCUAUUCAUCCGAGCUGCAAGUCCUCCCUAUUGUGGGAAUGGGAGGCAUUGGUAAGUCCACACUCGCUAAAAUUGUUUAUGAUGAUACAUUCAUUACUUAUCAUUUUGAUUUUCACGCUUGGGUCACAAUAUCGAAAGAUUACAAUGUAGAAAUUGUUCUUUCAAAUCUGCUUGCUUCGAUGAAAGGAAAAGGAAUCCAAGCAGAGAGUGAUUUACAAUGCAAGGUUAAGGAGUCUGAAAUAUACAAAUACUUAAAAGGUAGGAGGUAUCUCAUAGUAGUGGACGACAUCUGGAGUAUGGAAGCUUGGGAUCACAUACAGAGGCUAUUACCUGAUGAUAAUAAUGGAAGCCGAAUCAUAUUAACCACAAGGCUAAAGAAUGUAGCUGCUUAUGCUAACUCUGCGAGCCCCAUUCAUAUGUUGCCUUUCUUGGAUGACCAACAAAGUUGGCGUUUGUUCCAGAAGAAGGUCUUCGGAGAUCAAGAUUGUCCUGUUGAGCUGCAAGUUAUUGGGAAAAAUAUGUAA